UUCACCCCCCUAACCCCAUGCCCCUGUCCCUUGUCAUUCGUGUCAAGGUGUGAUGUGAAUAGGUGCGGAGUAUAUCCCCCAAAAAAAUCUUAAAUAAUAUGCGAUGAGGUAGCACCGGUUACUUAAAAAUAACUAAACAACAUCUAAGUAAUAUGCCUUAACUCUUUUGUGUUAUAAACCUUUUAAUAGUUUUCGCGGGAAUGCCGAACAUUAAUAAUGCCUGCGCCGCCAAUGACGAAUACGAAGUCAUUGGCGAGACGCAGUGGCAAGUUAUCGAGAGCAGCGGCGAUGAGCAGACCAUCAACAUCCAUGGCUUCACGUAUUCCAAAUUACGCGCAGCUUUAUUACACACCGUGUGCAUAUUACUAUGUGGAUUACCAUAUUUUGCCCUCGCUUAUUAUCCAUCGUACAACAGAUUCAAAUACAUAAAAUGCAGUUUGAAAACGGCUAAAGAAAUUUGUGUUAUCGAUGCAGACGGCGGGUGGACCACAGAGAAAGUGCUUGAGAUCGACCUGAACCUAUCCAACCAUAAAGAUAACAGACUGCGAUAUUUUAUGUACAAGCACAACCGUUUCAUUUGGCUUAAUGAUCAAGGAAUCUUCAUUAAUGUUCUUGCACUCAAUGAGAAACUCACUAUUCAGUUGUUGAUGGAAAACAUGUCCGGCAUAAAUAAACGACAGCAAAACGAAUUGAUCAAACUGUAUGGCACCAACUCAGUAGAAGUAGAAGUAAAGAGUUACUGGACCCUGUUCGUCGAAGAAGUGUUCAAUCCAUUCUAUUUAUUCCAAGUCUUCUCCAUUAUACUUUGGUCUUUGGACGAAUAUUAUCAGUAUGCUACAUGCGUUUUCCUCUUGUCCGUUGCGACCUGUAUGCUGGCGUUAUAUCAAACGAAAAAGAUGAGCAUCAACCUGCACAAAAUGGCCGGUUCUACCAGCGCUUUUACCGUAACCGUUUUGCGUCCAACCCGCUCAGGCCGUGAAGAGUGCGUGGUGAACGCUUGUCGACUCGUUCCCGGAGAUGUACUAGUGCUGCCACCUGACGGCUGCGUGAUGCCCUGCGAUACCAUGCUCCUUACUGGAACCUGCAUCGUUGAUGAGAGCAUGCUUACAGGUGAAAGCGUGCCUGUAAUGAAAGGCCCCCCUUGCUCGUCUGCAGAAAUCUAUUCAACCGAAGGACACAAAAGACACACCUUAUUUGCUGGCACCCAUGUUUUGCAAACACGAUUUUAUGGCAACAAUCAGGUCUUAGCUAAAGUCGUACGCACCGGAUUUUACACAGCCAAAGGAGAACUGCUGAAAAGUAUUCUGUUUCCGAAGCCCUUUGGGUUCCAAUUCUACAAAGAUGCCGUCAAGUUUGUCAUAUUCAUGUUCUGCAUUGCCGCGAUCGGAAUGGGAUACUCUAUCUGGCUGUAUGUCGUGCGAGGAAGUCUCGUGGGCACAAUAGUGCUCCGCACCCUGGACAUCAUCACGAUCGUAGUGCCGCCCGCACUGCCGGCCGCCAUGACAGCCGGCAUCGUCUACAGUCAGAACCGACUGCGCAAAAACAGGAUCUUCUGCGUAUCUCCGCCUAGGAUCGUCAUUUGUGGAAAACUACAAGUUAUGUGUUUUGAUAAGACUGGCACUCUAACGGAAGACGGAUUAGAUUUCUACUCCGUAAUACCGGCUCGGUCGGGCGAGAAGUUCGGCGAAUGUGUAGUGGAUGUCGGCGGCUUACCCGUGACCAGCCCCUUGAUACAAGCGCUGGCGUCCUGUCACUCGCUCACCAGUAUACAAGGACAGCUCAAAGGCGAUCCUCUAGACUUGAAGAUGUUUGAAUUCACGCAGUGGAUACUUGAAGAACCGGGCCCGGAGAACACACGGUACGACAACUUGACACCAGCUAUCGUGAAACCCGUCACUGGCAACAAUGAAGCUUUGCAGAAUUUGGAAGACUAUGAUCCCUUCACCAUGGAGAUUCCAUAUGAGAUCGGUUUGCUUCGACGGUUCCACUUCUCAUCGGCGCAACAAUCAAUGGGAGUUAUUGCUCGAGUGCUCGGCCAGCCGCAAAUGGUUUAUUUCGUAAAGGGAGCACCUGAAAAGGUUGCUGGUAUGUGCAAUCCAGAUACUCUACCAGAGAAUUUCAGCUCGAUCCUCAAUGAAUAUACCUCAAACGGUUUCCGAGUAAUCGGUCUUGCCCACAAGAAGCUCGAUCGUAAAAUGAAAUGGGUUGACGCACAAAGAGUCAAGAGAACUAGUCUUGAGUGCGAUAUGGCUUUCCUAGGCUUUCUAGUCAUGCAAAAUAGCCUGAAACCAGAGACGACCCAAGUCAUACGCGAGCUACAUGACGCUUCUAUGAGACUGAUUAUGGUCACAGGGGACAACAUAAUGACUGCAAUGUCGGUGGCUCGAGGCUGUUGCAUGGUGCAACCACAUGAAAAGCUAUUACUGAUCACCGCAGGACAGCCACAGACUAACGACACCCGCCCUCCGCUUAUUAUGGAGGUGGUUGGUGACGGUGGGCCUCCUAAAUUGCCAUUAGAUGCGUAUGUGUUGGCUUUGGAGGGUAAAACAUGGGCUGUGAUACGUACUCAUUAUCCUGAACUAAUGCCGGUCGUAUUAACUAAAGGCAUGGUAUUCGGUCGCUUUGGUCCAGACCAGAAGACGCAGCUGGUGACGGCACUGCAAGGCGAGGACUUGGUGGUGGGCAUGUGCGGUGACGGCGCCAAUGACUGCGGCGCUUUGAAAGCCGCGCAUGUCGGGAUAUCGCUCUCCGAGGCUGAUGCUUCAGUGGCGGCCCCAUUCACAUCUCAAGAGCAGAACAUCAAGUGCGUGAAACUGCUCGCUCUAGAGGGACGCUGUGCUCUGAGUACCUCAUUCGCAAUAUUCAAAUACAUGGCUCUAUAUUCGCUCAUCCAGUUUUUCUCGAUUCUCAUUCUGUACAAUUUCUACUCAAUCCUCGGCAACAACCAGUUCCUAUACAUCGACCUGGUACUGACCACCCUGCUGGCUCUGUCCCUGGGCCGCGCGUCGCCGGGCCCGCUGCUGACGCGGCAGUCGCCGCCCGUGUCGCUGGUGGCACUGUCCAGUAUACUGCCGCUCGUCAUACAGGUGUCGCUGGUGCUGCUGAUGCAGAUAGCUUCGAUAUAUUUGCUGUAUGCUCAGCCUUGGUUCAAACCGGUUGAAGGCGGCCCAGACGUGGAACAAGUGCUGUGUUGGGAGAACACGGUCCUCUUCAUAAUAACGGCAUUCCAGUAUUUAAUCAUGGCUUGCGUUUACGCUAAAGGCUGGCCUUUCAGACAACCAUUCUGCACCAACUAUUACAUGAUGAUAACCCUGGUAACCCAAUCAAUCUUCGUGACUGUACUGCUGCUGUGCCCAUGGCAUUGGCUGGCAGAGUUCAUGGAGGUGGAACCCAUGGCUUCAGCUGACUCCGAACAGACCAUGUUCCGCAUAUAUUUGCUGCUCAUACCCGCGCUGCAUCUCAUACUGGCUAUAGCUGUUGAGGCGACACUAUCGGACUCGGACAAGUUCUCCCGGCUGGGCCGCGCCAUGCGGCGGCGCUGCGACAAGCAGGCGGCCGGCGACGCCGCCAGCCCGCUGUGGCCCGAGCCCCAUGACCACGUGCAGCUCUGCUGACUGACUCAACGACACAUACUGACACAUCUUUUCAUUUAAAUCUAUUCUAUGACCUUUAUAGCCCAAGUCCACUCACAACAUAAACGUCAGUUUUCGUAAAACAAAAAAAAAACAAAGUAAACGGUUGUUUAAGAAAACUGACGCUUAUGUUGUCAGUAUACUGUCUUAUAUUUGGUAUAUACGAAAGGUUGAGGACCAAGUUCACCGACAACUUAACUUGAAGUUUGAAUUUGCAAGUAUAUACUAUCAAACCAGUGUAUGAGGGUCCACCGUUUACGAAUUAAGACAUACGUACCGGAAAAGACAUACAGAGGAAUUAAGAACCACCUUUAUUUUAGAAGUUGGUUGGGUGGUGAAAAGUAGGUAACAAAUAUAAUUUAGAUGAGAUACGAAUAGACAGUGAACUUGGGCCUGAAUAUAUCAUCUCGCUCGUCCUUCGUGCCGCCGGGACUGUCCCGCCCUAUAGUUACCUUUAACUCCGUAGUGAUAGCCGAGGUGCUACCGAACGAUCAGUUCGAGCUACCUCCCCUUUGUGUUACUAAUUACUUAAUAAAAAAAUAUUUAUUUUUAUCAGUCGGCGAAAAUCUUAAUUAUUUUCGUUUAGUUGGCUGUUACUUAAUUUUAAGUCCGAAUCUAGUAAAAUUAUACUAUUGCCGUUAAUUUUGGCGCUGGCGCUUUGUAUAUCUGUCGAUAUGCAGUUAGGGUUGAGCUAGACUUGCAAGUAUGUAUAAUAAUUUCAUAAGCAUAAAUCUUUUAUGCGCUGCACCCUACGCACAGUGGUCGUCAUCCAUUCAGAGGUAAAGAGUACUUUACCCAGUACGACACAAACAUUUGGUACGAGACAUUUCGUCUGGACAUAAGCAUAUCAACACUUGCAAGUAUUAGUUCAACGCUAACUGCAUAUCUGGUCAUCUUAUUCCUUGUCGAAACAGCUAUAUACAGUCUUUUGCGUUGUGAUAACGCACGAUGUAUUUUCCACUCUGAAUAGGAUUGACUCGACAUCUGCUGUGAUAAACGAACUCUGAAACUUCCAGCGCUCAAUAUCAUUCACGUAUCAUUGUAGCAUUUCUGUACUAUUUUGUUUUAAAAGUAGUUAUUAUACCAAUUACAGUACUUUACUCUUAAGGCUGUAUUAAAGUCAUCAAUUUAUCUACUUAAUUAAAUUGCUGAUAUAACAUAAGUUACUUAAUUUAUGUAAUUCCGUGUAUUCAUCGAGUCUGUCAAGUAUGAUGUUUGUAAAAAAGUGAGAAGGCGCUAUCGGAAUAGGCAAUCUCAUCAACUCAAUCGAGUAUAAAAAAACUUAAACAUACUUGUACUUACGCACUUGAUAAGAAUAAGACGAAGAACAUGAUAAUUUAAAAAAAAUACCCAAUAUAUUUGGUUACGCUUAAUUGUAUGAACAAGGUAACUACUUAAGCGGGUGUAGUUCGUUUAUUCGUUAAGAUUCAACACUCGAAUAACUUUACGUUCCGCCUUAAUAUUGCCCCAUAACCAUGGAGGAUAAAUAUGAUUAUAUUUGCACAAAGAUAAAUUACUACAAACUUAUCUUUCAUCUCAAAAACAUGUAACUUAAACGAUUAAUAUAGGUAAUAAUCGAAUUUACUAUUGUUUAUGAAAGGGCCAUUACAGAGUUCUUAAACAAUAAUUUUGAUGCCUACCACUCGCGCUGCCAAUUGUUUAAUAUAGUGCCAAAACUUGACAGACUCUUGUAAAAUCCUUGUAAUGUCACCUGUUAUGUAUUACAAUAUUUACCUGCAACAGUACAAAACUUGUUAGCUGGUGUGUAAACUGUAAAAACGAACACUGUGACAUACAUUACAGACGUUUAUCAUCACAUACACACUACCACCUCUCAUCAUCUUCAUAGAAUCAUCUCCUAGUGCAAAUAUCUUUAAUUCUUUUAAACAAAGGUUGUCACAAAAAAGAAACAUUGGAAAACAAAUGAGUUUCCCCUAGCUUUUCUUUUUUAUUUCAUAGAAAUAUUUUACAGAAAUCAAUUUAUUAGCAAAUGUUAGUCCUAUAAAAUGAAAUCAUGGAUUUAGGAAUAUAAGUUGAAUCCUACUUAUUUUAUUAUUGUAAAUAUAGAUAAAAUUAUGAAUUGAAAUUACGUAUGUUUGGGUAUGCGCGAUUAGUUUAAGAUAAAUGAUUUGUGAUUUUGCAUUUCGCCCGUAAUUCCCAUACUAAUAGAGUUUACUCAGGCUUUAUUUAUUUCAUUUUACUAUAAUGUAUCUCAACUCCUAUAGAUAUCAGUCCUUGAUGACUUAUAUCUGAAUACCAAAUAAAACAAUCAUAAAUGUUUUUUGCUGUAUUGUAUUAUUAUCGUAAAAUAUAUUUAAAAGGUGCACAAAUUGUGACAAAAAAGUUAUUUUAUUUUACGGUGCUACUUAAAUUAUUUUUCAAUUUAAUUUAACACUAUUAUAAUAGCUGUUAAUAACAUCAAAUUAUUUAAUACCCACCUCUUACAACCCCAAAAGAUAUUAUAUAAUUACUUAUUUUCUUAUAUUUAACACAUUACAAUAAUGUAAUUAAGAUUACUAGUAAUAGUUGUGCGUAAACCACAAUGUUUUAAGAAGUUAUGUAACACCGUGUGGCACAGUUUACACUCGCAUCCUUGUUCUACGGAGCUCCUCCUCGUCUACCUUAUUAUAAUAUACGUAUUAUUAAACAUAAAAUAUUUGUAGAGUGCAAUUUUAUUGCAUUAAUCAUUGGUAUUGUCAAGUAAUGUAAGAUACAAACCAGUGAGCGAGCAGCAUUCCGAUUUGUGUACUGUUCAAACCAAAGGAUCGUCUUAAACUGUUUAAAUGUGUUAACGUAAUGUUCCAUGACUGCGUCUUACACCUUUAUUAAUAGUAAAAAUAUGAUGCAGCACAAUUUUAUUAUUGUAUGUGUGUAGGUUAAUCAUAUUAUAAACUUUUCAUUCAGACAGCGAUACCGCAAUUCACAUUCUCUGAACGUUCUAGAAGUAUUACAUUAAUGUUAUAUACUAAGUCGUAGAAAUAGUCCCUUUUCAUUGUGGGUUUGAAAGGUAUUAUGAUGAAGCCAAAGUUGCUAGGAUUCGUUGAAAGAAAUAGUUUGGAAAUGGCAUUGUAGGUAAAUAAACUUUUUUGGUAAUAGAAUUUGCAAUUUUUAUGUGUCUAUGUUAUAUGUAAUCAAGAUACAAUAAGUAGAUAUGUAAGUUGAAAAUUUGUGAACUUCAUUUGGACGUUGCGAUAAAAAUACAAUCAGCAUUAUUAAGUAAUAUCUAAUGUUCGGAAACGAUGCAAGAGUAUUAUGAUUCAAUCAUUUGGCGAUUACCGCCAAUGAGUGAAACGCGUGAGUAAUAGAUUGCUGAGGCAAUUUAUUAAUGCAAUAUUAGUAAUAUUUAGGUAUGUUUGAUUAGUCAGAAAUUUCAUUCCUUGUUUUUAGUACUUAGACGUUUGGUGCUGCUUAUGAUUUAGUACCUUUUGUUCAUAGAUAAAAACGUAAAAAUUAAAUAUGUAUAGAAUACACAGAUCACUCGAAAUGUUUCGGAACUUAUAUUUUUUUGUAAACUUGUUAUUUAUUGAACUGCAUUAUUGUGGUCGUUUUUUUAGACUUUACUGCAUGUAUGUUUAUAUUUCUCGAAUUUUGGAACUUGUUGACUGUUUUUGUGUCCAAUUGUCACAAUAAUGUAGUUCGAUAUAAAUUUUACUAAUUGCGACAUUAGAAUGGAUGUAUGACCAAAAAUAUUGGAAUAAAUAUUAACUGAAAUA